AAAUACGUCAAGGGAAAGGUGGACGCGUUUAUUAGAAAUAUUGGUAUAUCAUUAUAUAUUUAUCAUCCAGACUAAGAAGUCACAACGGCUGUUUCAAUACGUACCAAAUUGUAAUUGUUGACGAAAUUUUAAUUUCCGCUAUCAUGAAUUCCAAAAGGGGUCUCAGCUCAAGGGUUGCAAUUGCUAGAGCAUUUUUGAUCGUAUCAUUUCUAUCGACGCAAUUUGUUCAGGUGCUGAAUUCUCCGGUGCCAAAAGCGGCAGACUUAUCAUUGACAAUCCUUCAAGACGGAAAUACGACAGCUCCCCCCAAGUCUGACGAUGACGAUGGAUUAAGCACAAUGACCUGGGUGUGGAUUGGUCUAGGGAUUGUUGUGGCACUCAUCUUCCUUAGCUGUUUGCUGUCCUACCUGUUUUGCGCAGUAAUUUCAGAAAUACUAUGUCUUCCAUUUACAUGUUUAAAGAAAAUAAUAUGCUGUUGUUGUGACUAAAAUAAAUUCUCGUCGGUCAGCAAUGA